UACAAGUAAAUUUUAUCAUAAUAAUUUUCUUUUAAAUAAAUCGAACCAUCUCCCAAUUUUAAAAAGAUAUCUUAUUCAUACAAUGAUUAAAGAAGCAAGAAUCGUUGAUGUUGAGAAAGUUGCUGUUAUUGGAAGUGGAAAUUGGGGUACUGUGAUCGCAAGGAUGUUAGGGACAAAUGUUGUUCAACAAAAAGGAUUCGAUCAUGAAAUUAAGAUGUGGGUUUAUGAAGAAAUGGUCGGUGAAAGAAAAUUAACUGAACUAAUCAACGAAAAACAUGAAAAUGUAAAAUAUUUACCCGGAGUUAGUAUUCCUGAAAAUGUUAUAGCUGUGCCUGAUCUCUUGGAAGCUGCCGAAGGUGCUACGAUUCUAGUAAUAGUUAUUCCUCAUCAGUUUGUAAAUGAUAUAUGUGGUAAAUUAAAAGGAAAGGUUCAUCCAAAAGCUAAAGCAGUCUCUUUAGUUAAAGGAUUUGAUACCACACAAUCAGGAAUUCGUCCAAUAUCACAUGUGAUCAAAGAAGCUUUAAAAAUCCCGGUUUGUACACUUUCUGGUGCAAAUUUAGCAAAUGAAAUUUCAGAAGAAAAAUUUUCCGAAACAACCAUUGGAUAUAAGAAUCGUCAAGAAGGAGAAUUAUUUAAAAGAUUAUUUGAAACAAAAUAUUUUAAAGUUGGUAUAGUCGAUGACGUUUUAGGGGUUGAAUUAUGUGGUGCAUUAAAAAAUGUUAUCGCUAUAGGUGCUGGUAUAGUUGAUGGUUUAAAAUUGGGUGAUAAUACCAAAGCUGCUAUUAUUAGAAUUGGUUUAUUGGAAAUGAAAAAAUAUAUUAAAAUGUUUUAUAAGGGUAUCAAGGAUGAAACUUUUUUUGAAAGUUGUGGUAUUGCUGAUGUAAUUACAACUUGUUAUGGCGGUAGAAAUAGAAAAGCUGCUGAGGCCUUUGUUGUUACAGGAAAGUCAUUUGAACAAUUGGAGAAAGAACUUCUCAAUGGUCAAAAAUUACAAGGAACGCUUACUGCAAAAGAAAUCUACUCUGUUUUGCAACGAAAAGGAUUGGAAAAAGAAUUUCCUCUAUUCACAACCGUUUAUAAAAUCGUAUCUGAGGGUUUAGAUCCUCGUAAAAUUGUUGAAGAUAUUGUUUAAAAAAAGGCAACCAAUUUUUUUUUUUUAAAGAAUUAAAUUUUGCAUUUUUCAUCACCAUUUCUAUAGACUUUUUUCAAUUAUCACAAAGUACAUUUACUUAUAGAUG